GCACAUCGGUGCACGUACACGACACAACGUUAGUGACGGCACGCCGAAAUCGAAAAGAAACGCGAGACGGAGCGUCGAGUCCGAAAUCCGUGCACCGUUUUAUGUCGUUUUAAUUCCCGCGCCGUCUUUCAUUCCGUGUGAGAUCGUUAUCUUGGCCGGCAUUUCGACGGCGUUAAUCAAUCGGUGGUUAUAGAGCAUGGCGUCCGACGAGGAGGUAGACGAGAGCUACGCGGGUGAAGACGAUGUGGAUGAAACUGGGGGUCAAGUCUCAAAUGUUAGCCAGCCAGUGGAUGGUUCAUCAGACGCAGAAGAAUCUCAGAGACUAGAAGAAGAUGAUGAUUACGAACCCGAGGAAAGGAAAAAGAAGAAAGGGAAGAAGCGAAAAGCACGCAGCGAAGACAAGAAGGGAAAGAAAAAGAAGAAAAAGAAAAAAUCUGAUUCUGGAGAUGUAACUAUUCUUUUUGGAACUUAAGAUGAAUUGCAUAGUUAUGUCGUGACUAUGCAGGAAACAGAAAAAGCAGGAAAUCUAAUGCCUACUAUCGAGGAAGUUUGUAAUACUUUUGGAUUGACUGAUGUACAGAUUGAAUACACUGAUGCAGACUUCCAGAAUUUAACAACGUACAAAUUAUUCCAACAACACGUUAGACCUCUAUUAGCAAAGGAAAAUCCAAAAGUACCAAUGUCGAAACUUAUGAUGUUGGUAGCUGCCAAAUGGCGAGAUUUUUCCGAACUGAAUCCUCAUACACAACCGGAUGCAGAUGUGCCGUCUGCGAACGUGGAUGAAGACAAUAGAAAUUCGAGGUCGAAUCGCGGCAGUGCGGUGCAGGAAGGCGAAGACGAAGAGGACGACGACGAGGACAGCGACAGGAAACGAAAAUCGAGAGGUUCUAGAGCUAAGAAAGGGAAGAAAGCGUCCAAAGUGCCCACAUUGAAAAUUAAGCUAGGAAAGCGUAAACGAGGAAGUUCGGACGAGGAAGCAGAAGGUAGCGGAGUCGGCACCGACAGAGAUUCUGAUAUGGAAUUUGAGCAAAUGCUGGCUGACGCUGAAGAGCCUUCCGGCGCGGAUGGAACAAAUAAAGGGAGCACCGAAGAAGCUGGGGUUGAACCACCAGCAGAACCACCUGUUCGUAGGAAGGCGAAAACUAAAAUUGGAAAUAAAACUAAGAAAAAGAAAAAGACGAAAACCACGUCUAAGUUUCCAGACGGGGAAGAAGGUCUUCAGACUGACCAUCAGGAUUAUUGCGAAGUGUGUCAACAAGGUGGAGAGAUUAUAUUGUGCGAUACGUGUCCUAGAGCGUAUCACUUGGUGUGUUUAGAGCCCGAAUUGGAAGAAACACCCGAGGGGAAAUGGAGUUGUCCUCAUUGUGAAGGAGAAGGUAUUGCAGGCGCGGCGGAUGACGAUGACGAGCAUAUGGAAUUCUGUAGAAUAUGUAAAGACGGCGGUGAAUUGCUCUGCUGUGAUAGUUGUACUAGCGCGUACCACACGCACUGUUUAAAUCCACCGCUCUCAGAAAUUCCGGACGGCGACUGGAAGUGUCCUAGAUGUUCUUGUCCACCGCUUCGCGGAAAAGUUGCAAAGAUUUGGAAGCCAUCCACGAGCAAAGCAGCUCCGAAGCAACGUAAAAUGCGCGAAUUCUUCGUUAAAUGGGCCGACAUGUCGUACUGGCAUUGCGAUUGGAUUACAGAGCUGCAACUCGACGUUUUCCAUCCUCUUAUGUUCCGGAAUUAUUCGCGAAAAUACGAUAUGGACGAGCCACCGAAAUUAGAGGAGCCGCUGGACGAGAGCGAUUCUCGCGUGAAACGGUUAAAAGAACAGGAUGGCGCCACAAACAGGGACGAGUACAAUCUAGAGGAACGGUUUUAUCGUUACGGAGUUCGACCAGAGUGGCUUGUAGUGCAUAGAGUAAUUAACCAUCGACUGUCGAGAGACGGCAGGGCUACGUAUCUCGUUAAAUGGAGAGAGUUGGGAUACGAUCAAGCCACCUGGGAAGACGAACACGAAGACAUUCCGGGUUUGAAGCAGGCAAUCGAGUAUUACUUGGAUCUCAGAGCAGCAAACUGUUGCGACGGCAGUUCCUCCCGCAAGGGCAAGAAGGGUAAAGGCAAAAAGUCGAAAACACGUGAGCUUAUCGAUGACGAGGAAAGAACACCCAAACGAUAUACCCCACCACCUGACAAGCCUACCACUGAUCUUAAGAAGAAAUACGAACGACAACCAGACUAUUUGGAUCAGACAGGAAUGCAGUUGCAUCCUUAUCAAUUAGAAGGUUUGAAUUGGUUGAGAUACUCGUGGGGUCAAGGUAUAGACACCAUUCUGGCAGACGAGAUGGGUCUAGGAAAAACUAUUCAAACUAUUACUUUCCUAUACUCGUUGUAUAAAGAGGGCCACUGUAAAGGACCUUUUCUAGUCUCUGUUCCUCUGUCCACCAUUAUCAAUUGGGAACGUGAAUUUGAAACCUGGGCACCUGACUUUUACUGUGUUACGUAUGUUGGUGACAAGGAUAGUCGUAUCGUGAUCCGUGAGAAUGAAUUAUCUUUCGAAGAAGGUGCUGUACGGGGUGGCAGGGCGUCGAAAAUCCGAUCGUCUCAGAUCAAGUUCAACGUAUUGCUAACCAGUUACGAACUUAUUUCUAUCGAUUCUGCAUGUUUAGGAUCGAUAGACUGGGCUGUGUUGGUAGUAGACGAGGCCAUCCUACAUCUGUGUCGUGACAAAUUCAACGACCUGGCCACGUUUCAGAACGAAUUUGCCGACAUUUCAAAGGAAGAACAGGUGAAAAAGUUGCACGAGUUGCUUGGGCCGCACAUGUUGAGACGGUUAAAGGCUGACGUAUUGAAAAACAUGCCGAGUAAAUCCGAGUUUAUCGUUCGCGUCGAGUUGUCACCAAUGCAAAAGAAGUAUUACAAGUACAUCUUGACGAGAAACUUCGAGGCGUUGAAUCCAAAGGGUGGUGGUCAACAAGUAUCGUUGUUGAACAUCAUGAUGGACCUGAAAAAGUGUUGCAAUCAUCCGUACUUGUUCCCGGCCGCGUCUCAGGAAGCGCCGACAGCGCCGAAUGGAACCUACGAAACGUCUGCGUUGAUCAAAGCGGCUGGGAAGCUAGUGCUUUUGAGCAAAAUGUUGAAGAAAUUGAGGGACGACGGGCACAGGGUGCUGAUCUUUUCUCAGAUGACGAAAAUGUUGGACAUUCUUGAGGAUUACUUGGAGGGCGAGGGCUACAAGUACGAGAGAAUCGACGGUAACAUUACAGGUGCUCAGCGACAAGAGGCUAUAGACAGAUUCAAUGCACCUGGCGCGCAGCAGUUCGUUUUUCUUCUUUCCACUCGAGCGGGUGGUCUGGGUAUAAAUUUGGCGACCGCCGACACUGUGAUUAUUUACGAUUCCGAUUGGAAUCCGCACAACGACAUUCAGGCGUUCAGCAGAGCCCACCGUAUCGGCCAGGCGAACAAGGUGAUGAUCUAUAGAUUCGUCACUCGUAAUUCGGUGGAGGAACGUGUAACACAGGUCGCGAAACGGAAAAUGAUGUUGACGCACUUGGUCGUCAGGCCUGGAAUGGGCGGGAAAGGCGCGAAUUUCAGUAAACAAGAACUCGACGACAUUUUACGAUUCGGUACCGAGGAAUUGUUCAAAGAGGAGGAAGGUAAAGAAGACGAGGCGAUUCAUUACGACGACAAAGCGGUCGCCGAAUUGUUAGACAGAAGUAAGGAGGGUAUCGAACAGAAAGAGAACUGGGCCAACGAAUACUUAAGUUCCUUCAAAGUCGCGUCGUACGUGACCAAAGAAGGCGAAACAGAAGAGGAGGCGGACACGGAGAUCAUCAAACAGGAGGCCGAGAAUACAGAUCCGGCAUAUUGGAUCAAGCUGUUGAGACACCAUUACGAACAACAACAAGAGGAUAUAGCUAGAACCCUAGGAAAAGGUAAACGAGUACGCAAGCAGGUGAACUACAACGACGGUGUGGUAACCGGCGAUCAAGGGACAAGGGACGAUCAACCGUGGCAAGAGAAUUUAUCCGAUUAUAACAGCGACUUCAGCGCGCCGAGCGACGACGACAAGGAGGACGAUGAUUUCGACGAGAAAGGUGACGGAGAUCUACUGUCUCGUAGAAGCAGACGAAGAUUAGAAAGGAGAGACGAGAAGGAUCGACCUCUUCCACCGUUACUGGCUCGAGUGAACGGAAACAUUGAAGUGUUGGGCUUCAAUGCCAGACAGAGGAAAGCUUUCCUGAACGCGAUCAUGCGUUACGGCAUGCCUCCGCAGGACGCGUUCAACUCUCAGUGGCUGGUCCGAGAUCUUCGGGGUAAAUCUGAGAAGAAUUUCAAAGCGUACGUGUCCCUGUUCAUGCGACAUCUCUGCGAGCCAGGCGCCGACAAUGCUGAAUCGUUCGCGGACGGUGUGCCGAGAGAGGGUCUCAGCAGGCAGCACGUGUUGACGAGAAUCGGUGUGAUGUCGUUGAUCAGAAAGAAGGUCCAAGAGUUCGAGCACAUAAACGGGUACUAUUCGAUGCCCGAGAUGAUCCGGAAGCCGGUCGAACCCGUGAAAAUGGAACCCGGUGGAGACGGAACGACCGGUGGGACCAGCAGCACCAGCGCCACGCCAGCUACUUCGAACGCCCCUAGUCCAAGUCCUGCUGCAACGCCUACUCCAAGUUCUGCCUCGGGAACGACAAUUAGUGAUGCCAGUAAAGCGAACUCCGACGCGUCUGAAAUGAAGGAGGUCAAGGAAGAACAGAAAGAUAAGGAGAGCAUAGAAUUAAAGGACGUGAAGGAGGAACCAAAGGAUUUCAAGGAGGACGAUGAGAACAAUACCGAAAAGGAUAAAGACAAGGAGGACGUGAAGAAAGAAGAGAAAGACACCGAGACGGAUGCAACGGACAAAGACAAAGAUAAAACGGAGACGAAGGACGAGAAGUCUGGGACGAAAGAGGAGAAGUCGGAGAGUGCCGAAAAUAAAACGAAACAGGAUUCUGAAGAGGACGUGGUCAUCGUUAAAGACGACGAAGAAGAGACUGAGAAGCGAGAGGACAAAGACACGAAGGAGAAGGAUGUAAAGGAAUGUGAUACGGAGAUAAUCAAGCCGAAACGGAAGUUCAUGUUCAAUAUCGCUGACGGUGGCUUCACGGAGUUGCACACGCUCUGGUUGAACGAGGAGAAAGCCGCGGUACCUGGUCGUGAAUACGAAAUCUGGCACCGAAGACACGACUAUUGGUUGCUAGCCGGUAUAGUCACGCAUGGUUAUGGUCGUUGGCAAGAUAUCCAGAAUGAUAUUAGGUUCGCCAUAAUAAAUGAACCGUUCAAGAUGGACGUAGGCAAGGGUAACUUCUUAGAAAUAAAAAAUAAGUUCUUGGCUCGACGGUUCAAACUAUUGGAGCAGGCGUUAGUGAUCGAGGAACAGUUAAGAAGAGCCGCGUACCUGAAUCUUACGCAGGAUCCUAAUCACCCUGCGAUGAGUCUGAAUGCGAGAUUCGCCGAAGUCGAGUGCCUUGCUGAAUCCCAUCAACAUCUUAGCAAAGAGAGUCUUGCCGGCAAUAAACCAGCUAACGCUGUGUUGCAUAAGGUACUAAAUCAAUUAGAAGAGCUAUUGUCCGAUAUGAAGUCGGACGUGAGCCGUUUGCCAGCGACUCUAGCACGCAUUCCGCCUGUUGCGCAAAGACUUCAAAUGUCCGAGAGGUCGAUAUUGAGUCGAUUGGCCGCGACUGCACCCGGCGGCAGCAGUUCACAGACCGGCCAAGCGGCUCUUUUAGCACAACAAUUCCCUGCUGGCUUUUCUGGCGGCCAAUUGCCGGCUACAUUCGCGGGUGCGGCCAAUUUCGGCAAUUUUAGACCACAAUACUCAGUACCGGGUCAACCACCGCAAGGUUUCACAGCUUGAAGAGUGAAUGGUUGAUGAACAGCGGCUCAAACUGGAUAACACAGAGGGGCGGCACAGAGAUCGCCUUUGACACGAAAUCGUGUGCACUGUAUUAUUGUUUCGUAAAUUACGAUUUUUAGCUGAAUUUUCAUUAGGGACGCUAAGAUUUCAAUGGAAACGGCAACAGAGGACACAACAUGGGCGCGAAAUAUCUUAAUAUCUAAAUUACAUUAUUCUCCUUGUAUUUAUUACAUGUACAUUCGGCGUUUAGCAUCGAGGUUUUCAUGUGUUUUUUUUUCUUUUUUUGUAUUUAUACACACGGUCUUUGCAAAAAGUAGCGUAAAUUGAGGGCAUAAUUUAUAUUUCUUCAUCGACCGGUGUAUCGUAAGUGUAACGAUAAGUACAUUUUACUUAAAUAAGAGAAAGAAACUUAUUUAAGAAGCGUAUAGUUUUUACGUCACGGACCUACGUGUGCCGCGGUUUGUAGUAAGGUACCGCUGAUUUAAGCGGUUGUUCGCAUAAUUUAUUUUGCAAGUUCUUCUUUUCAUCGACGAUUUAAUUUUGAAUCGCAUAUUAUGUUCGUACGAAGCAACGAGAACUGACGACAGAGUUCAAUGGCAAUCAUUUUAGUUAAGACUGACAUUGUAUGUUGUAUUCGAGAGACAAAAAAAAAUCAUUUUGUUCACUACACACACCGGGACUACUGUAAUGCAUGGGUUUAUAUGAGCGAGAGAACUCGUCCAAGUUAUUUCUACAGUAUCUUUUAACUUGCCAAAUGAAUCACGAGAGUACUGCACGUACGAAUUAUGGAGAACGGAGGCACAAAACGAAUCUGUUUGAUACUUAAAUGCAAUGAUGCACACGAUCUAUGAAGCUAUACAGUAAUUCGAUAUUGCAGGAGACGAUUCUUUUACUCGGUACGUAGGAGAUCAAGCAUCGGCGAA